ACAAUAUUUUUGAAAAACAAUCGUAAUUUGCGUUUUAGUUGGUUAAACGGUAGGAAGGGGAAGGAGCGGGCUGCGAACUGCCAUUGCUGCAAGACCACGCAGGCGUCGCCUCCAAACCACGCAGGCAACGCGUUGAAACCACGCAGGGACUGGCAUUCUUGA